UUAAAUCAAAUGAUUUAAAAAAAAAUCAUUGAUUUAAAUCAAGAUUUAUAUUAUUAUUAUUUUUUAAAUGUCGUUGAUUUAAAUCUUGAUCUUAUUGCAGGGCAACAAUAUAGAAUGGAAAAAUAAACAAAGAAAACAUUCUCUAACUUUGAUAUCAAUUUUUUCCUUGUCAACUUCACAAAUUUUUCUGAGCUGAUUAGUUCAUUAUAUACAUCUUCCAUCAGCCAUACAUGGUCUAUCCAGUGUCCUGGAGCAGAACAAGACACUGACUGUCUUUCUGACAGUAUCUUGCUGAGGCAGAGUGAUGGUUUCAAAAGUAUUUUACAUCAUGAACCACAUGUUCUUUUAUGUUACCAAUUUCCAGAUCAUGAGCCAAAACAUUUAGAAUGUGUGCAGUGCAACCAUGGGUUAGCAACUUCAGUUCAUUUGCUUGUUGUAAUUAUUUCCUCAUCUUGUUGACAUUGGCUGUAUUAGAUGCUUAAGUCUGUCCACAUAUAGCAAGCUUCUCACCCCUUGGAUCUUUUUUUUUAUGACUCCAUGGUCUAGUGGUUAGUGUGCCUAGCUGCAAAUCCGCAGUCCUGGGUUUGAAUCCCAACCUGGGCAGUCAGCGUGCUGCUCACCCAGUUUUUCAUCUUCCGACAUCUUCCAGAUGUCACGCUGACCCUGUGUCCCAGGUUGAUGGGCUCUUCCCAUCACAGGCUCAAGGGCCAAUGUUACGGAGAUGAGCACUGUGGCCACGCUCAGCCAUAACACAACGUCCAGUGCAAGUUUCAUAUCAUUGUCAUCAUCAUCAUCAUCAUGGAGGGACCAGAGUUUCAGGAGCUUUUUGCAAAUUUGAUGAACAAACUCAAAGCUGAAGGUAAAGUGAAGAGUGUAAGUGAGCAUUUCCAUCCUACCUGCGGGGUGGAGGACAUGUUCUCCUUCCUCUGGGGUCUGAAGGAAGCCAAUCUUACACUCACACCAAAGAUAAUGAAGUUAGAAAAGUCUGAGGCUAAGGCUGAGACUCUGAGAACUGAGGGCAACAAGUACUACCAGAAGAAAUCACUUGAUAAAGCACUGAGCCUCUACAACAUGAGUAUACUAUUUGCACCACACCCGAGAAUUAUUGUGUCAGGACAACAGGAGAAUCAAAUUUGUACCACAGACAAUGGAGAGCAUCAAGACUGUGGGAGUGAGAACCAGAAGGCUGACAGCAUUAUCAAAGAAGAAAACAAAGAGCACAGGUCACUGGCUUUGGGUUAUGGCAACAGGUCAGCAGUAUUGUUUGAGGUGCAAGAGUAUGAAAAGUGCAUCUCUGAUAUUGAUCAUGCCCUCCUUCAUGGGUAUCCCAGAAUCCUCCAUAGCAAACUAGCAGAGAGGAAAGCCAAGUGCCUUAUAGCUUUACAAAGAAAAGAGGAAGCUAAAUGUUUGAUAGAAACCUCUCUCCAAGCUCUGGAAGAAUUGUCUUUAGAGGAAGGGAAAACAAAAUCAUCUAAAAGAAGUCUACAGGUACUCCUUCAUAAUUGUCAACAACUGAAGGAGCCAGAUCUUUCUUCAGGAUCAAGUGAUGCCCCUGAAAACAAAAACAAGCUAAUAUUUUCCUUUGAGACUCCAAGUCCACCCCAGCUUCAGCACCACAACCCGAGUAUGCCAUCUUUGAGCAGCUCUGUAGAUUUGGCAUUCUCUCCCCAGCAAGGAAGAUAUCUCGUCGCUAAUAAAGACAUCAAACCUGGGGAUGUGAUUGCAGUGGAAAAGGCCUAUAGCAAGGUGGUGCAUUUUGGUAACUUCCUCCAGACGUACUGCACAGACUGCCUUGCCCGUUGCCUCACACCAUUGCCCUGUCCUGGGUGCUCGCUGGUUAUAUUUUGUAGCUCUGCUUGUAGAACACGAGCUCUUGGCUCCUACCACGCAACAGAAUGUGAAUUUCUUUGGUCUCUUGGUUCAUUAGACAUGGGAAAGAACUCUGUUCUAGCAUGUAGGAUUAUGACACAGACAACUUUCAGCCAGUUGAAAAAAUUGGUCCCUCUAUACCUCGCUGAAGCUAAAGAAAGAGCUCCAGCAAGCCUUGGCUUUGACAGUGUAGGAAACUAUAUCUCCUCAGAUUACAGAACCAUAUACCACUUGGUUGGCAACAAGGAGUCUAGGUCAGUGGGUGACCUCUUCAAAAGAUGUGCCAUGGCUGUUGUCUUAGUGAAGCUUCUUGAACAGAGCUCAAAGUUCUUUGUAGAUGAUGCACAGGAGUCUUUCACCCCAACCCUUGGGGACCUCGUGCUUAUUGGCUCCAUCCUCUUCAGACACAUGAUGAAUUUGCCUUGUAAUGCUCAUUCCUUAACAGAAAUGAAGGUAAAUACCAGCUGCUACCAACAGAGUGUGUGUGAGGACAUAGGGUGUGGAGCAUUUGGGGUGCUGAGCCUCACCAACCACUCCUGUAACCCAGCGGCGGCACGCUUCAGCUUUGGAGGCACAGUGGUGCUGAGGGCUGUGAGGUUCAUCCCAGCAGGGGGGGAGGUAACAGACAGCUACGGAGAUCACUACUGCACCAGUGAUAGAGAAAAAAGGACUGCCCUCCUUCAGCAGCAGUAUUAUUUUCAUUGUGCCUGUGAGGCAUGUCAGCACCAGUGGCCCAACUACUUCAGUCUCACACUGGGGUGCAAGCUGAAGUGUGUGAGUUGUCAUCACCCCAUUGACUGCAAGGGAGGAAAAUGUCACAAAUGUAAUCUUGACUAUACAAAAGUCUCAAAGGAUGAAGCUUCAGGUAUUGUUACCUACAACUGGAAGGAAGUGGCACAUCAGCUGGAGGUUGCCCAGACCAAGUAUGAAGAUGCUUAUAAAAAUGUUUUGAGUGGAAAAAUUUCUUUUGAGAUUAUAAGGAAAACUUGUAACUUCAUUGAAUUCAUUGACAAAUAUAUUCAGCUGCCAUGCAAAGGGUAUUUUGAAGCUCAGGAGACUCUGAAGCAUUGUUUUGACCGCCAGGGUCCUUUCUGCAUAUUGAGGCCGUAAGUUACUGCAACCCUUCCUGCUCCUCUAAGCACAUUUCUUAUUGAUUAUGGAGUUUUGUCAAGUUCCAGCUGUCAUGUAACUAUACUUCAAUUACUGAAACUAAAGAAGCAUACUUUCAUAUGCAUAUUGUAUUUCAACAAAUUUACUGCUAGUGUUGCAGUGCUGUAUUUUCUUCUCAUAAUUUUGUUUGCUGUGUUAGAAUCUAGUCAUGGAUGCUUUACCUAAUUUUAUGUUCACCCACUUCAAGAUUCUUUUAUUUGUAUAGAAACUUUUAUUUCCUUUGGAAGUAAUUGUCUUAUAUUUUGGAGAGUGCAACACCAGUGGUGCCAAUAUUUUGCCUAUUUUAAACUAUGAUUUUAUUUUGCCUUUAUUUGUCAGACAUUAAAAAACAGGUGAGUUGAUUUAUGUCUGUCUAUCUUUACAUUUUUUUAUUAAAGUUCAAAUGUAUGGUAUGUGAUGUAUGGAUUUAUGAAACAUGUUUUGGAAAGUUAUUCUGCCAUUUUAUGAUGUAUUUCUCACAGUGGUAAUAGCAGUGGAGGACUUUAAGGUUUAAGCCUCACAAAUCAUCUCACAACCCCUUAGUUCUCCCAUUGGUGUUGAAUCUACUUUCUGAUCCUUUCCCCUUGCACCAAGGAAGCCCCCCAAGUCCCCCCCUAAAAAUCCUUGAGAUGCCACUGAUUUUAUAUAUAGAUUUCUUGGUGGAAAGGGCAUAUCAAUCAAGCUUGUCUUAAGGAUUCAGCACUAUACCCACUGAUGGUGUCAGCAGCAUGCACCAAGAUGUGAUGAGAAAAUGAUCUGCCUGUGCCUAGUAUUGGCAAUGAAAGCUUUUCACAUUACUGUACGGUAGUUAUUUAGAGAGUGGAGGCUGAGGUCUAAAUGCCUGUUGCUAGUCUAAGGUUGAUCUGUAAUAGUGAUUUUUUGAUGUAAUUUUAUAAUGCAAUACAUUUAUAGUAACA